AUGGAAAGGACAUUGUUGCCAAACCUGGCGCAGAAGUACGAGGAAAAUUGGCGACCUCUGGAGCCUAAUGACAUCUUCUCGCUGCGUACGGCUAGGCCAGAUUCUUACAAAUUUGGUGUCGGUUGGUAUGAUAACGUGGAAAAGAAGGUGUUCACGACGGUAAAUGACGUCGGAUCUGCCACCUGGACAAUGUCGGAUGGGCGAACUUUUGGAGUGGAGAAAGUAACGAAUGGAAAUGUGACUGUCGAAUUCCAAUGGGUGAAUACCCAGCGAACCUGGACGACUAGGAUAAAUUUCAAAAAUGCUGAUGUGGUUGACAGAAAACGAUACGCGAUAUUUGUAUACUUUAAGGAUGAUGGCAAAACUACGAUUGGGGCUACGUCUGAAAAGUUGUUAAACGGAAAUUCGGAACAAUAUGGAAACUUUACACUAUCAGCUGACCUUUGGGGCGAUGAGGUAAAAGUCUUUACCUUCAAUGUCACGGACGACAUUUACUGGGAAUUUGCCUUCUCCACCUCCAAGGAGAAGCCGUACACAGGCGAGGGUUUUUACCUCGAGUUGAAUACACGAAUUGCGGACUUCAAGAAAAACUUUGAGGACAAAUUUAAAUUUUCGGGAAAAGCACUUCCGGAAUUUUAUGUGGAACUCUCGCGAGCAGCCGUUUCCAAUUUAUUAGCGUCGGAUCGAUACUUUGAGGGAUCGUUGAAAGUGGCUGGGACUUAUAAUACCGAGUUGAUUGAACCCUGGCUGAAUUUAAUAAACGAGCAAUCAGCGAUGAUCUCCGAAGUCUCGAAUAAUCAAAUUGUUUUGGAAGCUCUUGCCGGCCCUCAAAUUUUCUACGCACUGGAUCAACUACUGACUGAUGAGACAAUCCAUAGCCAAAAGGCGUUCUUCAAGCGCUAUUACCCAAGAUUAGAAGCUCAUGCAAAGAACUUGCUACAGCGACUGGACCCUAAUGGAGCCGGACGAUAUUCCUGGCCAUUGCAGGCGAAGUCUUCCCUUUUUGAGGCAACCAAGAAGCACAAGGGAUUUCAUGUCGACGCUCAAAUCUGGGCUUACUAUCUAGCUAAAUCGAUGAGUAAGCUUUCCGCGCAUUUUGCAGCUACAGAGGAAUCUGGUUACUGGAAGAAUGCACAAUUGGUGGCAACAGAAAAGCUUCAAGAAUUUAAGAAUGGCAAUAGAUAUUGCGAUUUUGAGGCGUUAACUACCCAGGAACGCCAACAGAAGUUCAAUUACUACAACUGCCAGACCGCCAAAGCCGUGCUCCCGAUCCUACUCGGCAUCACAAAUAGCAGUCACGAUGAAUUUGAUGAUUUGUUGAAGGAACUAGCCGACAGUGUAAAAAUGGCUUUCCCGAGCAGGUAUCAGGGAUUCAGCCGAUGGGACUUGAUCCAAAUAGCUACCAAUUAUUUCUUCCUAAAAACAGCCUACGAGCAUAUUCACGAAAGCGGACCUCACCAGAGCGAUGCCCACCAACUAUACGGCCAACUGAGGAUGAAUUUGAUUUCGACUGUUGCUGUUGAGUAUCAGAAAUCCGGAAAUUUGAUAGCUGCUUUCCAUGAAAACGGCGACCCCUACAAGACAAAGUCCACCGCUGCCACUUCACUUCUUGCGCUGAUCCUUUCCGAAAAAUAU